AUGGGGAAGAUGAUGGCGCAGCAGCAAACGAUGUCAAUGAUUAAGAAGACUUGGUUCCAGGAGAUAUUGGAUGGUCUUGAUGAAGAUAAUGUCAUUGGAAGUGGGUUGUCUAGAAAGGUUUACAAGGUUGUGCUGAGCAGUGGUGAGGUGGUUGCUGUGAAGAAGAUCAAGAAGAAUUUGAAGCUAGCUGGUAAGAGCAGUGACGUUGAGAAAGGUGGUUAUCAAGACGAUGGGUUUGAAGCAGCGAUCGAGACAUUGGGGAAGAUUAGGCAUAAGAACAUUGUUAAGCUAUUUUCUCACUCGCUUCCGGUGAAUACGAGUGCUCACUGCGGGAAAUACGACUCACAAAGAAGAGAACCACCGCUCACUCGCUUCCGGUGGCUGCUCCGCCGAGCUCCUCCUUCAACUACACUUCCAUUACCGGUAACUGUCUCUUCUUGUCCCUCCUCAUUCUACAGCCACAGCCAACAGAUGGAUGAAGUUUCACUGAAUACCGAACCUUUACUUGAUGAUGAGACGGAGGAAUUUGAGAUUGAUGGAGAUUGUGCGAUGACUGAAUUUGUCGGCCAGUCUGGUGUUAUUGAAGGUGAAAAUCCCCUGCCUCCUUCUGUUGGAAUGGAGUUUGAAACAUAUGACGAUGUUUACUACUUUUACAAUUGUUAUGCUAAAGAGCAAGGAUUUGGUGUUAGGGUGAGUAAUACAUGGUACAGAAAGAGCAAAGAGAGGUAUAGAGGAAAGCUAAGUUGUAGUAGUGCUGGUUUCAAGAAAAAAACCGAAGCUAACAAGCCCAGACCAGAAACAAGAACUGGUUGUCCUGCAAUGAUAAAGUUCCGAUUGAUGGAGAACAAAAGGUGGAGAGUUAUUGAAGUUGAACUUGAGCACAACCACUUAAUACAUGCACGGGGUGGAAAGUUCUAUAAAUCUCACCGGAACAUGACUCUUGGAAGUAAGAGACCGUUACAGGUGGAUGGUGCUGAAGUUCAAAAAAUUAGGUUGUUUAGAACAGUAAUUGUUGAUACUAAUGAAAAUGGAAUCCCGAGUGUUGAUGAAAAUGAAUUUAGGAACACUGCAAAUCAGCCCGGUAAUCAAUUAAAUCUUAAACCGGGGGAUGCUCAAGCAAUUCACGAUCUCUUUGCUCAUCUUCAGCUAAUAAAUCCAAAUUUCUUUUACGUAAUGGAUCUUAAUGAAAGGGGACGUUUGAGAAAUGUCUUUUGGGCAGAAGCACGGUGUAAGGCUGCAUAUAGUUAUUUUGGCAAUAUAGUGUCAAUUGACAGUACUAGUUUGUCAGACAAAUACGAGGUACCACUGGUCGUAUUUGCGGGACUGAACCACCAUGGACAAUCUGUGCCACUAGGUUGUGGUUUGGUCGCUGGUGAGACCAUAGAGUCAUUUGUAUGGCUGUUGAGGGCAUGGCUGACAUACAUGGUAGGACGCCCUCCGCAAACUGUUCUUAUUGGCGAGUCUAAAGCUAUGCAGACUGCAGUUCUUGAUGUUUUCCCGAGAGCUGCUUAUUGUACUCCUUUGUCUGACAUCAUGAAGAAAUUUUCCGAUGAACUGGGAGGGUUGCAAGAGUAUGAAGCAAUUAAGGCAUCAUUUACUAAAGCAAUUAGCAAUGCAUCGAGAGUAGGUGAGUUCGUAGCAGCUUGGGAGGACAUGAUGGUGAGCCAUGGAAUUCAGGAUCAGAAAUGGCUUCAAACAUUGUAUGUAGAUCGUAAACGAUGGGUGCCAGCUUUUUUGAAAGACGUAUUCUUGGCAGGGAUAUUCGAAGACAAACUGAGCCCCUUUGAAGGGUAUUUAUCCAAACAUACUCCUUUGAAAGAGUUUGUUACCAAUUAUGUCCAAGCACUGCAGGAAAUAUAUCAAAGAGAAUCGUUGGCUGAUAUGGAAUCGAGAGAUCCUAAUUGUAUGUUGAAGUCGAGAUUUCACUUUGAAGCUCAGCUCUCAAAAUUGUACACUAGUGCCAUAUUCAAGAAGUUCCAAUGUGAAAUAGAGGGAAUGUUUUCGUGUUUAACCACAAAACAAGUGCGCAUUGAUGGAGCAGUAAUAACACACGUAAUCCAGGAACAUAGAGCAGAGGAUGACGUUAGGGAAACAAGAGAUUACGAGGUUGUGUUGAACAUGUCAGACACAGAGGUCGUUUGUGAUUGUGGGUUGUUCAACUCCAAGGGUUUCUUGUGCAGGCACGCGUUGAGUGUUCUAAGCCAGAACGGCGUAGAAGAGAUUCCACCUCAGUACAUUCUUCCGCGAUGGAGGAAGGAUAUUCAUCGUAGUUAUGUUCUUGACAACGGUUGCCAUGGCAUUGAUGUGAACAAUCCAGUGCACAGGUACGAUAGCUUAUACAAAUGCGCGAUGAGGGUUGUGGAAGAAGGGCAAAUAUCUCAUCAUCAUUACAAAUUUACAAUGGAUGGAUUGGCUGAGAUUCUAAACAAGGUGUGUCUUGAAGGGGAUCUUCCAGGUUGAGUGGUUAAAAGCUUGACCAUCAUGCCUAGGGGGGGGGUUAAUGUGCACCCCUUGUGUAAUCUAAUGAUGGCAUGUUGGUGUAUAAAUGUAGGUGUUACAUGUGUGAAGUGUUGCAUGUAAAGAACUUUGCAACUAUUUGUGAGUUAAUUCUCUACAUAUAUGACUAUAAUAAACUUCACAGCUGAAAAGUGAUAAAUUGAACUU